GGUUCACCACCUUCAUCCUCCUCCUCCUCCUCCUCCUCCUCCAUCCUCUCCCUCUGCAUAUCCUUAAAUAAAAAGGAACAAAACCCAAAACAGCCAUAUAUCCAUCCAUCCCAUUCCCCGAACUAUGUCUAACGUUAUCGCACCCUUUCAGCUCUUGGAGCUAAAUAUUAUCUCUGCUCAGGAUUUGGCUCCUGUUUGUCGUCACAUGAAAGCUUACGCCGUCGCUUGGGUUCAUCAAACUCGUAAACUCAAUACUCGGGUUGAUGCCGUCGGUCAAAACAAUCCAACCUGGAAUGAUAAGUUCGUGUUCAGGGUUGAUGAUCAGUUCCUCUACACCGAUACCUCUGCUGUCAUGAUCGAGAUAUAUGCUCUUCAUUGGUUCCGUGAUAUACAUGUCGGGACCGUUCGUGUUCUUGUGGGCAAUCUCGUUCCUCCCCAUGCACGUCCUCAGUUUCACCAGCCACCGCCGGGAAUGAGGUUUUUGGCGCUCCAGGUUCGACGAGCCUCCGGUCGGCCCCAAGGGAUCUUGAACGUGGGAGUGGCUUUGCUAAAUAGUUCAAUGAGGAGCAUGCCGAUAUAUACCCAGAUGAGUUCUUCUGCCGUCGGGUAUAGAGAUCUUAUGGGCGAGGUGGAUCCCUAUCACCACCACCACCACAACAAAACUGGGUCUAAUAAGACCCCUGCGCAAUCAAUUUCCUCAAAGCCUGAGCUGCGGCGCACAAAGAGCGACACCAGUUCGUUGCUGGCCUCUGAUCUGAGGCUCAGAAUGGUAAGAAGCGGGAGCAGUUCGGUUAGCAGCAAAGGCGGGUCCAUGGUCAACGGGUUAGAAAUUGAGAUUUCAUCGAUAAUGAAGAAAACUGCCGGGAAGAAAAAGACAACGGAGGAGACAAAGGUAAACGAAGAGACAACAAAGGCAACAGUGAUAGAGAACAAAGUAAUCACCAGUCCUAAAGGUAGCUCUAUACUCAGCGCUUCAGAAAGCGUACCACCAAGUUCAAAAGAAAAAGUGGAUUCGGCAACAUCCGAAUCAGAAUUUGCCGGAGAUCCACCGCCGAGAACCCCCAAGAGGGGUAAACAAGAGAAAAAAAUACAUGAUUCUUUCGAGUCUGAUGUUCUCAACCCAUCAGGUAAAGCAACACCUCUUUUGCUGAUCGACGGGUUUGGUGGCGGUGACCCGCGCAAGUCGCCCAUCGUCGACGGGUUUGGUGGUGGUGGUGAGCCGCGCAAGACCCCUAAAUCGAUUAAGCCUCCAAAGGUGAAACCCUAUUCGAAUAACAAGGAAUACGAUGCAGCUAUGUCCCCAUAUCCGUUUUCCAAAACCCACCAAUACGAGACCCUGAAGAGAAUAAACAUGGAAAUGGGAACGCCGAUGAGAUCCAACAUAAAGAGCACUCCCAGAAGAUCAAACUUAAAAAGUACCCCGAGACGGUCCAAUGUAAAGAGCACACCAAGGAGAUCCAACACCAAUUUCCUCCUCACCCCUAUGAAAUCUAACCUUGAUUUUGGGACCCCCAUGAGAUCCAACUUGGCAGGAAGACCCAUACUCACCGAAUCCGAACUGGGUCCGUCUCCGUCCGAGGUGGCAGCCCAAUUGGCCAAAGAAAGAGCCGCCCGAGCGGCCCUUUACGAUGUCGAGAGCUCCAUCAUCAGCGAGUGGAGCUACGACGACUCCAGCGUAGAGGGUCUCCGCUCCAAGUUGGAAAGAUGGCGUACCGAGCUCCCACCCUUGUACGACCUGGGCGAAUUCUCGAGCUACCAAACGAGCGAGACCGAAGCUUUCACCGGUACAAGCGGCGGCGGAGGUGCAACCGGCAUGCGCAGCAUCAAACACAUGAAAGCAAAGGUAGAGAAGAAUCACAGCAAGAAAGGAUCAGGAGGUGGGCUGUUCUCGUGCUUCAGCAACAUAUGCGGGUUGGAAUGCUCGAUCGUAUGCGGAUCAGACGAGGGAGCGAGUGCGAAAAAGAGAACAAGUAGCAAGCGCAGGACUCCCGCAUUGAAUAAUUUGAGCUCGGUGUGAUUAGGUGAAUGAAAGAGGUAGAGGCGGGAUUUUGAUAAUUAAAUUUGCUGUAAAUUAUUUUUAUUAUUUGGCGACGAUGAUGGAUUGAUUUCAAACAAUCCCAUUUUAGCCCAAAACGACACCGCACAAGCCCAUAAAACUU